GCACUGUUGAUGACAUCACCGUUACCGCAACGCUUUGUACUAAAUAACUGACACGAACUACAUCUCCCGUCAUUCUACGCGUUGACAGUGACGUCAUUUUCCCUUCUCUUUAGUGUAUUUGGCGGGAGCUGUUGUAGCUCUUUCCUUUCACCUAGCACAGACAUGGCAGAGAGCUGUGCUCCUUCGUGUAUUCACAUUAAUCUGCAGACUCUGCCUUCGGCUGCUCAGGAGCCCAUGCACCUUUUACCCUGCGAGAUCCAGAGAGAGGGACCUGCUAACAUAGACAAAUAUUUCAGCCCUGCCAUUCUGGACGGGAAGGUGGGUAAAGAGGUUUCCUUCCGUGGGCGCUCGCUACGGGGACAAGAGGUAACUGUGCCAUCCGGCUACCUGGGCAUUGUGCUGAGGGAAGAUCAUAAGCCAUGCUCGGAUGAGGAGGAUCGUUCUCUAACCGUCAGAUCCACGUUUAAUUCCUUCACACAAUGGAACCUGGAGACUCCUCCCUCUGCGGAUGAUGCUAUCAUGAUGUCUAUGAUGUGGAGCAAGAUAGCCAGUGCGAUACAUGAGCCUGUGGAGUAGCAGAGAGAUCACGGCGGGGGCAGCUGGGGUUGGGUACUUCAUCAGUAAAUAAAUAGUUUUACUGUAA